UGUAGAAAGAGAAAGAGUCAUCAAACGAGGUCCAAGUGUUUUUAAUUAUUAAUAAAUAACUUAAGUUAGACCGCAAAUUGUUUAGUGAAUGUGCGAAAAACACGUCGCGUGUGCUACUCUCAACACUCGAAGCGUCGAAAACAAGAGGGACAAAGAGUGAAGACGGAAACAUAAGAAAAAAGUUAACUGUGGCCACCAAAACGCAGUCGACGUCGCCGUCGCGCUGCUGGCGUUGUUUAUUUGUUGUUUUUUUUUACGUGAGCGCAAAGCGAGUAUAAAAAAGGCAAGGCGAGAAGUGUUGUGGACGGGGGAAAUGGGGGGCGGAGCUAGCUCCAUUUCGUUUUCAUUUUCAUUCCCGAGCCACAACGUGCACACGAAAAUGUUCGCGACAAACGGUAAAAUCUUAAGGCAAUGAUGGCGGCCAAAUAGAUAAUAACGGUGAACAGAAAGAAGAACGAAAAAUUUAAUAAUUCGACCAGCCACGAACGAGUCCGCUGCUGCUGCGCGCGCUGCCGCCAGUGACCGAGGCAGAGAGGCAGCAAUCUUAUCGCCUAUAUGUUCGUGUUCCAGAGCCAAUUGAUGGGCGCUGUGCUUCUUCGGACCGAAAAAACGCUGAAAAACUGACUGAUGGGAUAUUGAUUCUUCUUCAGCAUUCAGAAAUCAAAAACAAAGAAGGACCGCAAGAAAAGCACGGUGAAAACGGUGUGUAAAGACAACUGUGCCUGUCCUGUGUGAGUGUGCGUGCGCGCGUUUUGGUGUAUGUGUGUGUGCGAAAAACAGUUAUUUUUGUUGUGAAAACAGUGAAAAAGUUGAGGCGAAAAGAUGACGGACUAUGUGGAGCUGAUGAACAGCAUGUCCAGCACAUUCAACAGCGACUGUGCCACGAGCACGGCGGAGGGCGGCACCCUCUUGAACCUGGACCUGGCCGAGGACAAAACUCUCAAGUGGCGCAAUCUGGCCAACAAUCAGUUUGCCUGCAAGGACAAAAAGCAUAAGGAGGAGGAGCAGCGGGACAAGGAGAAGGAGAAGGAGCGGUCUCAGGAGAAGCCCGAGGAAAUCGAGGAUAAUAUCAAGGAGCUGCUCGCCGAUGUUGUGGAUGCCGCUGCCGUGAAGCUGGAAGAGGAAGCAGCAGCAGCAGCAUCGGCGGCGGCAGCAGCAGCAGAGGCAGAGGUAGCUACGGCGACGCCGGCAGAGCUCCAAGGCCAGAAUGCAGAGCACAGCGCAGAGGAAAAGGAGGCAACGUUGGCGGUGGAGCAGCAGCAGCAGCAAAGAGAAGAAGAGGGUGCAAAAGAGAGCGAUUACAAGCAGGCAGAGGAGUCGGAAGAGGUGGUGUCACAGAAUACAAAUACCGCUAGCAUAACAGUAAAGGUGGAAAACGAGCAGGCAGAGAAAAGUGCAAAUGCAGCGACGUUGGCAGAGGACAGCAGCAGCGGCAUCAAGACUGAGCAGCAGCCCAAAGAGGCGGCAGCACUGGGACAAGAAGAAGAGGAAGAAGACGAAGCAAACGAGACAGCAAAAGCUAAAGCCAAAGCAAACGCAGCUUCGAAAUCGCCAUCAAAAUCAGCAUCUCCACUUGUUGUCAAUUCUGCCAGCGUCGACGUCGUCGUCCCGGCUGACGCAACAGAUUCGAAUGUGGCCACCAGCAGCAGCAGCGGCAGCAGCAAUAACAAUAAUAGCAGUAACCCAGCAGCGACGCUGUCGGAGGCAGUGGCAGCAGCAGCAGCAGCUGAUAAAAACGAACAAGUUUCGCCUGGCGGAACGCGUCGUUCGCGUCGCACGCCGCGACCCACAGACACGCCUACUCCCACAUCGACGCCAACUCCCACUCCCACACCGCGCUCGGAUGAACCUCCACCCGUGGAAGCCCCCGAAUCCCUCGAGGAGGAGAUGCAAAUAGAUGUGAGUGUGGAGUUACCUGGUUCCGUGCCGGAGGAUAUCGCUGAUAGCGCUGCCGUGGAGCUGGAGGUGAAGAAAGAGCCAGAGAAACCUUCACCGACCUCCCUGGAGGAAGUGCCAGCACCUGCGCCCAAACGUGGACGAGGUCGUGCCAAAAAGAUAAGGCCAGAGGGCGGCGACAUGGAUGCCGUCGUUGAAGUGCCACAGCAACAGCAGCAGCUCGUCGAGGAUUCAACAACUGCGGUGGUGGAACGAAAGCCAGGACGAAAGCGGAAGCUGCCUGAGGAGCCACUGGAUCAAGCGCUGAGUACCGACCUGGUGGUGGUGGUUAAAACGGAGCACGACGAACUGACAGAUCUGGGGAAUGCUCCCAGUGGCGAUGGCAAAAGGAUGCGACGAAGUGUACGCUUGGGGAAUCGACAUACCGCCGAUGGAGCCACGUGGGAGGAGGUGAAGACAGAGAUGACGCUGCCACCACCGCCGCCCGAGAGAGAACUACCGCUGACGGAGGUCACCUCAGUUUUGGUGGCUCCAGCCACCGUUCUAGACGAGAAGACGCCGCCAAAGAAGCGGGGUCGCAAGGCCAAGAUUCAGCCAGGUGCGAAACUGGAGCCAGGAACUUCCGCCUCCACCACGCUGCACACUCUGACCAAUGGGAACAACAACAACAAGAACAAGGCCGGCCCCGGAGGAGCAGAGGUGCAACUGCCCAAGCGCUCGAAAAGAAGAAUCAAGCCCACGCCCAAGAUCCUGGAGAACGAUGAGCUGCGCUGUGAGUUCGAAACGAAGCACAUUGAGCGGAUGACGCACUGGGAAACCGCUGCAGCGGCAGCAGGCGGGGAUGGUGAUUUUGAGACUCCUCCAACCGGAGGCAAUGGCUCGAACUCAUCAACGUCCCGGCAAAAGAGCGACAAAUCGGAUGGCAGCAACUUUGAGGGUCUGCCAGGACAUCCCGCUGGCACGAGUGCCAUCAAGAAGAGACUCUUCUCCAAGUCCCAGCGCGAUAUUGAGAACUAUGGUGCUGCCCAGCUGGCCAAGAGCAAAGUGCGACCGUGCCCGGAUGUGGAGCAAUUCCUUAGCGACAUUAAGGCCUGCCGGUUCAAUGCUAAUCGAUCGCCCGAGGAGCGGAAGCUGAACAAGAAGCAGCAGCGGAAGCUGGCCAAGCAGAAGGAGAAACACCUGAAGCAUCUGGGCCUGCAGCGGAAUCACAGUGAGGAGGCCUCGGACAACGAUAGCUCCAAUACGGACAAUGAGUUCGUGCCCACCACCCGGGUGCAGGUGGGCAAGCCCAGUGUGACGCUUCGAGUGCGGAACACGGUCGCCAAGGAGGUGCCCACGACAUCUUCAGCCGCGGCAGCUGCUGCUCUCAAAUCUCUCAAAUCCACCAAUUUGACCGUGCAGCCGCCCAAGCUAACGCGGCGAGUGGGUGGUGUCCGAGGAGGAGGAGGAGGAGUAGCAACAGCAGCAGCAGCAGCAGGUGGCACGAUCUCUACCCUCGAUGCGGCACAGCUUCAUUCGCUGAACAGCUCGAUCCUGGCGGAUGCCAUUGACCUAGAUGCUGCCUCACCCAGUACCUCGAAGCUGGCCAAGUUCCUGUGCCUGUGCCAGAAGAGUUCGCAGUACUAUGCCCGGAAUGCCCCCGAUUCGUCCUACUGCUGUGCCAUCGAUCACAUUGACGAGCAGAAGAUUGGCUGCUGCAACGAGCUCUCAGCGGAGGUGCACAACCUCCUGCGGCCGAGUCAGCGGGUCAGCUACAUGAUCCUCUGCGACGAGCACAAGAAGCGUCUGCAUUCGCACAACUGCUGUGCGGGAUGUGGGAUCUUUUGCACCCAAGGCAAGUUUGUGCUGUGCAAGCAGCAGCACUUCUUUCAUCCGGACUGCGCCCAACGCUUCAUCCUGAACACGCCGUAUGAUGAGGGUCAUGGUGGAGAUCAUCAGCAGGGCGGCGCCAAGUUUAGCAGUCCCAUGUUGGUUCUAAAGUGCCCCCAUUGCGGAAUGGACACACCCGAGCGCACCUCCACCGUGACCAUGAAGUGCCAGACGCUGCCCGUCUUUCUGCCCACUCAAAAGUACAAGAUAAAACCCGCCAAGCUGACCACCGCUUCGCACCUGGCACAGUUUGGUUCUACCGGCAAAACCAGUUCAGGAGCCAAGGCCAAGGGCAAGGCCUCGUCCUCCUCCUCCUCCGCCUCCGCCUCCGCCUCCGUAGUGGCCACAACUGGAGCAGGCUCCGUAACGAAAACAAAUGGAACACGUGGAGGAGGCAAGGGCAGCUCUAACUCCUCCGGUCAGGCUCUCAACACAAUCAACUUUGCCCAGCUGAUACCCGACUCCGUGAUGAAUGUAGUGCUUCGGGGUCAUGUGGUUUCGGCCAGUGGACGCGUGACAACGGAGUUCACCUCCCGGGAUAUGUUCUAUGCCGUGCAGAACGAUGAUCUAGAGCGAGUCGCUGAGAUUCUGGCUGCCGACUUCAAUGUGCUGACCCCCAUUCGGGAGUACCUGAACGGCACAUGCUUGCAUCUAGUGGCCCAUUCGGGCACCCUCCAGAUGGCCUACCUGCUUCUCUGCAAGGGAGCCAGCUCCCAGGACUUUGUUAAUAUUGUGGAUAGCGAGCUAAGGACGGCGCUGAUGUGUGCGGUGAUGAACGAGAAGUGCGACAUGCUGAAUCUUUUCCUGCAAUGCGGUGCCGAUGUGGCUAUUAAGGGACCCGAUGGCAAGACCUGCCUGCAUAUAGCCGCCAAGCUGGGCAACGUGGAGGCCACGCAGCUAAUUGUGGAGAGUUAUCGGGCCUCGCGGAAUAUCACCAGCUUUCUGAGCUUCAUCGAUGCGCAGGACGAGGGCGGCUGGACGGCCAUGGUGUGGGCAGCGGAACUGGGACACACGGACAUUGUUAGCUUCCUCCUCAACCAGGAUGCCGAUCCGAAUAUCUGCGACAAUGACAACAACACGGUGCUCCACUGGUCCACGUUGCACAACGAUGGCCUGGACACGAUUACGGUGCUGCUGCAGGCAGGAGCCGAUUGCAAUGUCCAGAACGUGGAGGGUGACACACCGCUCCACAUUGCCUGCCGCCAUGAGGUAACACGAAUGUGCAUAGCCCUGAUUGCCAAUGGGGCCGACCUGAUGAUCAAGAACAAGGCCGAGCAGCUGCCCUUUGACUGCAUACCCAACGAGGAGUCCGAGUGCGGCCGCACCGUGGGUUUCAACAUGCAGAUGCGUAGCUUUCGACCCCUGGGCCUGCGCACCCUCGUCGUGUGCGCAGAUGCCUCAAAUGGACGCGAAGCGCGUCCCAUUCAGGCGGUGCGCAAUGAGCUAGCCAUGUCCGAAAGCGAGGAUGAGGCGGAUUCCCUGCUAUGGCCGGACUUUCGCUAUGUCACACAGUGCAUCAUCCAGCAGAAUUCAGUGCAGAUCGAUCGGGUCUCCCAGAUGCGGAUCUGUUCGUGUCCGGAUAGCUGCAGUAGCGAUCGCUGCCAGUGCAACGGAGCCUCCUCGCAGAACUGGUACACCGCCGAGAGCCGGCUGACAGCAGACUUUAACUAUGAUGAUCCGGCAGUGAUUUUCGAGUGCAACGAUGUCUGUGGAUGUAACCAGCUUUCUUGCAAGAAUCGCGUUGUGCAGAACGGCAUGCGAACGCCGCUUCAGAUUGUGGAGUGUGAGGAACAGGCCAAGGGCUGGGGCGUCAGAGCUUUGGCUAAUGUCCCCAAGGGCACAUUUGUGGCCAGCUAUACGGGCGAGAUUCUCACCGCCCCGGAGGCGGAUCGUAGGACCGACGACAGCUACUACUUUGACCUGGACAAUGGGCACUGCAUUGAUGCCAAUUACUAUGGCAAUGUGACGCGCUUCUUCAAUCACUCAUGCGAACCAAAUGUCCUGGCCGUUCGUGUGUUCUACGAGCACCAGGACUAUCGUUUUCCCAAGAUUGCCUUCUUUGCCUGCCGCGACAUUGAUGCCGGCGAGGAAAUAUGUUACGAUUAUGGAGAGAAGUUCUGGCGAGCGGAGCACCGGUCCAUCUCUGGCUGCCGCUGCCUUACAGCCUCCUGUAAGUACCACGCCCAAUCCCAGUCGCCCAGCACAAAUGCCUCGCCCACAGAGGCAGCGACUGCUGCUGGUUCAUCGGAUCUGGAAUCAGAAACGCCAUUGAUGGCAGCUGCCGACGACACCUCGAAACUAUAAAUUAUUCCAGGAUUGCUGCUCCUACUCCCUACAGAUGAAGUACCCCCACCAAUCCACACAGACAUCAUACAUACACACACACAGCAUCACCACAGCAGCAGGAACGAUCGCCAUAUAUAAAUGUAGAGUCGCAUAUAUAGAUAGAAAGUAGAGAGUAUGCAUGAAAUAUCGAAAUCGGAGCCCAUCUCUCCUUCGACUGCCAAAUGUUUCACAGUUUACAAAUUUUUAUUACCUAUUUUUACGUCUAUGAUUAGUGUUUGCUUUUAGUUAAUUAUUGUUUGAGGUUCUCGCCUUCGUUUCCAAGUCCUUGCAGUUUUGUCAGUCCGUUGUUAAGCUUUGAAAAAGUUUUCAAAUAAUUCAUUUUACGACUUUAAAGUCUGAAUUUUUAUUAUAUAAAAAUAGUUUAUAUUAAUAUUUAUCUUGCUAUUGUAUACACCUUUGCAAUCAUUUAGUUGCCUAGUUAUUUGUUCAAUUUCGCUCGACUAUAUGUUAUAGCUAUCAUAGAAACAAACUGCAAGGAUAUUAAAAUUUCGGCUUUACCGAGGUUAGCUUUAUUAGUUUUAUCACCUCCUGAAUGUUUUUCCAUAGAUUUUACACGAAAUCAGAGAAGGGCAGAGACUAUCAAAUUAUUAACCCUCACCUGGACAUACCCUCCCCCCCCCAGUGCGUGUGUGUGUGUGUGUAUGUGUUUUUCAAGCAUACAAUUUAGAUCUAGAUUCUUAAGAAUUUUAUAGUAAACGAGGAGGAAAUGUUGGAGAAAGUGUAUCUAGUCAUAAGAUUGAAAGAGAAGCGAGCCAUGAAAUGGAAAGAGACGAGGUAUAGACAUUUGUUACAGUGUGUUUAAUGGCAGUAAAUGCAUGCAGUAAAUGCAAAUAGUUUAAAUUUAUUUUAAAUCUUUACAAAAUUGUAACUUUUUUUUGCAAGCCGACACACAUUUAAGGCAUUUAAAAGAGAAAAUCAAAAGAAAAAUAAUAUCUAUAGCAUAUUCAAAUAGUAAAGUAUACAAUAUAUGUAGAUGUUAUUUUGUGCAGGGUAAAGUACUGAUAGUCGUUAGCAGAAAACAACAUGAGAGUUAGGGAAGAGCUUAAAAAACAUGUCUAUAUAUACGAUAUAUAUAUAUUAUAUAAUAUAUACAAACACACACACACACUGAGUGCCACCAUCUCCUCCAAUACUCCUCUUCUCCCCCAUUUGCAAAAAAUUGUAUUAAAGUUUCCCUUUUUUCUUUUUUAAGUUUGCCAAGCAACGUCGUUAGCCAAGCCACAAGUGCCUCAAAGAGAAUACAUACCCCAAAAAGCCUCCCUCGCCCCCCCUUUAGAAACCCGAAGAACCAUUUACAGGAACUAUAUGUACACAAAUAGAUAUGUUUAGCCAGCUAUCAAUCGACCAAGAUCACAAAUUGCAAUGCAUUUUGUGGCAACGAUAGAGACUGCGGUUCACAUACUUGCAGCAUACUUAAUCAAUGUAUAUGAGUUUCCCAAUUAUAUGUAUACCCCCCUCUCUCGUAGCAUAUCCCCCCUGGCCCAUCCGACCCUGUCCCAGCAUGAACUAUUAUAUAGACAUAAGAAUUAUCGGGCUAUAUAAACUUCGAUGUGCGUUUUGCGUCUAAGAUUUAAGCUGUAAAUGUUUGUAACGACAAUAGGAGUAUACAUAUUGUACGUAGUUUAGACCAUAAGUCACCUCCCGUCACCCUGCGUUCUAUUCGCUCCCCCCACAGAGGGUCGGAGGAUCAAAGGACACACAGGACAUGUCUCCUCUGACCCAACAUUUCUAUACGUAUCUGUGUGUAGCCACAAUAAGCAAGGAUUUGUAAUGAUUACGAUACGGUUUCGAUGCCUGGAUCGCGUCCAGAGACUAACCACAUUUGGAAAUUAUAGCAUUUAAAUCACGAAACUCACAAAAAAUCACAUCUUACAUAUAUAUAUGUACAUUUAUUUCUUAUUUCUUAAUUGUUAUCGCGCACAGCAGUAGCUGUCAUAUUUUUUUAUUUGUUUUGUUUGCCUUUGGCUUCAUUUAUUCGUAUACGGGUUCCUUUCCCUUUGUUAGAAUUUUGAAAACAAAAGGAUGUACGAGUCACAGCACACACAUAUUUUUUUUGUAUUAUUGUUUAACCUGGAAUUGCUGAUUAGUUGAUUAACGAAAAUAUACACACACUUAUACAUACCUCCAAA